AUGGCAUCAUCAACUCAAGGGCUCACGUCCGAGCAGGUCGACUUCUUCCACAAGAAUGGCUAUCUGCUCGUCCCAGAUGCGCUGUCGCAGGAUACAGUCAAGCAGCUGUUGGCUGACACAGACAAGAUGCUGCACGAGUUCGAGUUGAAGGACCACCCCAUGACCAAAUUCUCCACUGGCGGCGACGACGGUGCAGACCACGUCGGCGAUGCAUACUUUCUGGAGUCUGGGGACAAGGUCCGCUUCUUCUUCGAGGAAGACGCCUUCGACAAGGCAGGUAACCUGACCAAGCCCAAAGAGCGUGCCAUCAACAAGAUUGGCCACUACCUGCACGAACUAUCGCCUUCCUUCCGCGAGAUAUCGCUGUCAGCAAAGAACGCGUCUAUCGCCCGCGACCUUGGCUUCCGCGAUCCCCGCGUGCUCCAGUCCAUGGUCAUCUGCAAGCAGCCCGAGAUUGGCGGCGCAGUGCCUCCGCACCAGGACAGCACCUUUUUAUACACAGAUCCGCCGAGCGCAGUCGGGUUUUGGUACGCGCUUGAGGAUGCGACCAAGGAGAACGGGUGCCUGAGCUUUGCGGCAGGAAGCCACAGGCGCGCCGCUGUCACGCAGAGGUUUGUGCGCACCGGCGAGAACGGCAAGGAAGGCACUGGCUUUAUCGACAACGAUGGGCCGCAGUUUCCCAAAAGCCUGCAGACCGAGGCUGCUUCUGGGGAGGAAGAGGUAUACGAUAUGGGCGAGGUCAAGGCUGGUACGCUAGUGCUCAUUCACGGCAACAUUCUGCACAAGAGCGAAAAGAACACCAGCCAGAAGAGCCGAAACAUCUACACGUUCCACGUGAUCGAGGGCGAGGAGAGGUAUGACGAGAGGAACUGGCUGCAGCCCCCCACGAGCGGGUUUUCGAAGCUGAGCGUCGGUGCGUAG